CAGCUCGCGAGAGACAUUCGUUCUGAGAAUGAAUCAUGGGCUCGGUAGGUCUGGGGCAGGUCAUUGUGUUAAACGUUGAAGUAUGGGUACGUCGGGUUCGUGUUGCUUUUACAUUUGUGUUCGUAAAUGUGUGUCGCGAUGAAUUCUGAUAUGCCGUGAAUCUAUUUUUUGAAUUCGCUUUUACUUCGACAUGUUGAUAAAUGUCAUUAAUUUUAACGUGACGUGAUGUAAUAUGAUGUGGAAGUGUUUCAAAGCGAAUGAAUGAACUCCCUAGCUUCUCUACGAAGUCAACAAGCGCUUGGACUUUAAUAUUGCACACCUAUAAGAGUACUGGAAACAGGUUAUGCCUGCUUCUUUCAUUUUUUAAUUCUUUGUGAUGGGAAUGAAGCGCCGUGGAAUGGGAAGAAGACAGGUGUUGAAUUUAAACGACAAACAAGAUUCUCCUCGUCGAACUUGGCAAACAAAAUAUCAGCAAAUAUGUUCAGACAACAAUCAGAAUGGUACUUAUUCAGAAGUGAUAUCUUCUACAUCUUCAAAAAGCCCUAUAAAAAAUAAUCCUUUAAGUGGCCUUCUGGGUCAUUAUUCUGACAGUGAUACUGAAGAUGAUCCAAGUAAAGAUGCCAAAGAUGAUCUGACCAGUCAGGUUUCUGAUUUCAUGAAGGAAAUUCAGACAAUUGCACCACCAGCUGAGCAGAGUACUCCUGGAACAUUGCCAGAACUUCCUGUUAUUGGCCCAGAAAAGAAAAAGGUGCUUGAAGUGCAACCUCAGCAAGUGUCUUCAAUGGCAUGGCAAGAAUGUUAUGAUGAAAACUCCGGCUAUGCAUACUAUUGGAAUAUGGAAACAAAUGAAGUGACAUGGGAAAUGCCUCCAGAAUACCAAGCAUAUAUGGAGAGUGUAUCAGCAAGUCAAGAAAAUAUUUGGGCCCAAGACCAUCAUAUGAGCAUAGCUUACAAUCCGCACAAUCACUUAAUGGCUCACCAUCACCAUGUACCUCAUAUGCCUCACCAACUUCAUCCCCAUCACCUCCAAGUUCCAGGAGUUCCAUCUGUGGUGGAUGCCACUUUCAUUGAUAAGGUACAUCCUCAAGGCCAUGGGGCAAUUGGAGUCGAGAAUCAGAGCCAAAAAUACAAUAGCACAAAUCGAGAGAAGAAAAAACGCAUGAAUAAGGAUGUUGAUUCAGAUGAUGAGAAAAUUGAAAUGAUCACAUCUUACGGGCCUGCUUCUGAUGAAGAUUCUGAAGAAGAAGAAGAUGAUGAUGAUGAAACGAGUUCACCAGAAAAAAAAAGGAAAACAACUGAGGGAAGCUCCAAAUAUUUAAAAAAUAAAACUUCACUACCAAAGUCAACCAGUUCCGUUUCCUCAGGACCAGAGGAUUUAGGUGCUCCAGGUGAUGAUGACUCCCGGGGAGAAGACUCUCCUCUGGCCAUCCAAUUGAAAAAAGAUUCUUCUGUGUCUAAAGUACAUCAAAUAAAUAAUUGUGAAUCUCAGUUAAAGCAAGACCAAUAUGCUGUACCUGAUUCUAGUGGAGAGAAACUCAAAUUAGACGCAAGUUUAAGCAGUGUGAAACCUAGUUCAUGUGAUGUUUCUUCUCAACAACCCAAAGUAUCUAUCUUUAAGGCUGAAGAAAGAGAACAUGCAGAAGCUACUGUAAGACCUGAAACUUCAUCUCCUCAUUGUACUGAAGCAGAAAUUGAGUUGGAAAAUGUAGACAGUGAAGAAAAGGCUAUACUCUCAAAACUCAGAAAGCAAGCGUGUUUGCUCAGAGAGCUGGGUGGUGAGGUACCAGAUGAAGUGCAACAUUUGAUAGAACCUGGUACAUCUGCUUCUCCGCUGCAAGCAGAUGAUGUAAUUGCUCAAAUUGAGAAAGAACUUCCUCCUGACUACAAAACAAAUAUUGGAAAAACGGUGUCCCAACAGGAUCAGACACAGAAGAAAAAACAAGUUACCUCUACUAAUAAAAGUGGCCCAAAGAUUUCUUCUUUUGCAUUAAUUGCAGGAUAUGGUGAUGAUGGAGAUGAUGGUGAAGAUUCUGAACCUGAGGUGGAAAAGCCAAGCCAAGGAAGUUUAAUCAAUGAAGUGGCUAAUGAUAAGAAGUUAGAAAAAGUUUCUCUUUUUCCAAUAAUAGGUUCCUCUGAGAAAGCAGACACAGAAAAUCAUGUGGAAAGUGAAAUAAAAUUAGUGGAUAAAUGUAAUGACUUGGUAAACGGUUUAUCCAUUAAUGAUUGCACUAGUGCAGCGAAAUUAUCUACAGUUUCUGAGCCAAGUGAAAUGGUGACUUCAAAUACAUUAGCCUCAUUGGAAUCAAACUUGCCUGACUCUACCACUAGUUGUAAAUUAUUUAAACGUAAAAAACGUUUAGAUGUUGAGGUUCUGCCGGCUGUGAGUAGUAAACAGACAACAGUAAUUACUCAGCCUGCUGAUAGUGAAAUUGAGAAAAAAUCUUCAUCAGUGGCAUUAGUUUCUUCAGUUGUAUCUUCUUCUGCAACAUAUCCUUCAUGGCCUUCAUACAGUUUAGAUCCUUGUUCAAGUGAGCGACGAGGUUUUGGGUUCCAAACAGACCAUGAAAAUCUGACAGUUGCAAAAGUUGAAGCAGAUGAUCGAAAAGCUAGUAAUGACAAUGAAAGGAAAGGAAUUACACAAAAGAAAGGCAUGAUCAAUUUUGUUAAAGCAGAUGUACUAAAUCCAGAAGUUCAUCCUAGUCUUGAAAUUGUGGAGCAAGAAGAGGCUGUUGAAAAGUUGCCUCUGCAAGAUGAACGAAAAGACACUACAAAAGAAACCCAAGAUGAAGACAAGAAAAUAGCAGAAAUGGCUGAACUUAUUGUUGAGAAAGUAAACUUUCUUGCGGAGGGGAAAGAACCUGUUCCUCCUGUUCAAGUUAUGGCAAUUCAAAUUAAGACCCUGGCAUCUGCUUGGGAAACAGGUGCCCUGUCCCACACCUACUGGUCGAGCUGGCUGGCAGACACGUCAACUGAACUCGUUCGUCUUGAGCAGGAGGCUGCUCCUAGCGGUUGGGCUUGUGAAUGGGAUAGGUACAGUAUCCACUUUAGUAGCACAUUCUGUUCCUUAUCCUGUGACUCAAGCCUGUUCUGGACUCUGUUUUUCAAGUAAAUGUACUGGAAAGACUUUGACCAUUAAUAGUAAACUAAUUAACUAUUUCACUAUAAAGAAGGAAAAGUUUUUUUCUUUUCCAAACUUAUUGAAAUAAGCUAAAAAAAAGUGUGAAGAAGAAAUGGAAAAGACUGGCAUGAAAAGGUAAAAGUCACACAAUGGGCUGGAGUUAGUUCCUGAGGACUACAUUCUCAGCUUGCCUUGGCUGACGGAUCCUGUGGAACAAGCCGUGAGAAGCAGCAUGCUUUGCAGACAUUUUCCAUUGAAGAGGAUUAAUCGCAAAAGGUGAGGUCAUUUGUUUUGUGUAUAUUUGUGCUUCUCAAACUGGGAUGGAAGUUCUUUUUUAACGUAGCCGCAAGUAAUAGUUCUAAUCAUAUUAAUUAUGAUAUUGUUAUUAAAAACAUUGCAAAAUGAUUUUUUUUUAAUGUAGUGAAUUUGUUCUGUUUACUUUAUUUGGAACUUGGAGCAGAACAUAAAGAUGAGAGUUAGGAUUUAUUGGAAAUAAGAAUGCAUUAAAUCUGAAGUUGUAUAGAAGGAAGUCAUUUAUAAGUUGUCUUGUGUUUAAUUUACAAUUCUUGUGUGUAUCGUGUGUGUGUGUGUGUGUGUGUGUGUAUUCCAGAUAAAUAGUGUCAUCAGGACUGUCUUAAACUUGCUUAUCAGGAUAAAUUAAAUUAUUGAAACAAAUUGAAAGUUAUUCAAAAUGGAGAAAAAUUCAAAAAGUAAAUUUUCCUUGAUUUUCAAAAGUAUUGUAAAAUGUAUUUUGGGUUAUUUAUGCAGUAAUGUUAAUAUUGUGCUGUGUAUUCAUGGUCAUUAUCUUCAAGAUUCAUGCUUUUGUCUUCUUCAACAGGCAUCUUCUGGCAGGAUGCUCAUCAAUAGACUGCCAGAAAUCACUUCAGUUUGCUGUGUGCUACUUAGCUCUGUCCUAUCCCCAUUUUGUGCUCAUAAAUUCCAUGUCAAAGUAGCUAAGUAGCACCAACAGCGUUCAGCAACAUGGACCAGCCUUUCACAACUGAAUUUGCACAUUGCUGUCGCCUCCGCCGUCAGCGUGAAGAAUACUUCUCAGAACUUUCUAGUAUGAUUUUUUUAUCAUGCCCAAUCUUUCAUCAAUCCACCCAAUCUCUUGUAACAUACAGAAAGGACAAGGUGAAUGUCUGAAUAAUUGGGGAAAAAAAAGAAAAAAGUUUUACUUUGAAUAUGUAGGCGUUACUCACAUUUUUCAAAUGGAAAUAUUUUGUACAUUAGUUUUAUAUUAAUCAUAAUGAAAAACAUUUACCUUGCACAAUAUUUUUACGUAUAUUUUACAAAAUAUUUGGUGGAUUUGAGAAUAUUGAAUUGUAAAAAAAUCACACUAGAAUAAAAUGCUGUAUUGUCAUUUUAGGCUUUUUUGUAUGUAUGUAUAGUGAUUGUUGCAUCUUUUCACGUGGAACAUAAUAGUGUGGUCUGGGAGAGCAAUGGUGAUAUGUGAUAUUGGGAUAUCUACUCAAGAAGAGUAGUUUAUUACUCAACAGUAUUCUUUAAAUUCAUAUUCUAUUGAAAUUUUUUAAAAUAAUUUAUGUCAUCAAGAAUUAAAGCAAUUUAUUUCAACUAUAAGGGAACACUGAAACUCCAUAAAAAAAUGUCCUUACUUUUUAAUGAUUCUACAAUGCCUUGUUGAUUAUGAAUUUGUGCAUUGCCCCUUAUCCAGGAUUAUUCCAAUAUAUAUGAAGUAUAAUAAGUUGGAUGCCAUUGUUAUUGUUAAGAAACAGACAUAUUUGUGGGAACAAGUAUUCUGGUGCAUUAUACCAACUGUAGUUUAUUACUUGCAAUUUCUUUUCUUUCUGCAUGCACGCUGGUGUAGGUCAUACAAGAGAUAUUUCUAUCGCAACCUCUCCAGUGGGGAGACCCAGUGGGAGUAUCCAUCGACUUCAGAAGAAGAUGCUAUGGAGUUGUGCACAACACCCCCUCCACCACCUCCACCUAUAAUAUCUCAAGGUGAAACAUCCAAUUCAAGCAGAAUUUCUACUAGGAAGGAAUCUGGCUUGUCAUCACCUGUUUUAAAAAAGAGAAAGACUGAAGAUACAGUGACAUCAAGCUCUGAAGAUUCAAAGGAUCUUCCUGGUGAACUGGUAUCUGACAUUAAUAAUGAUGCCAAUACUACAGAAUCACCAGUAACACCACCUCCACCACUACCCCCUCCUCCAUCUGCACCUCCUCCCCCUCCACCUCAACCGCCAACACCACCACCUCCUCCACCACCCCUUCCAUUGGCUGAUGAAUUGCCGCCACUGCCUCCAAACACUCCUCCUUUACCUCCUAAUUCACCUCCCCCUCUGCCACCUUCUCCUCCAUCCCCACCUCCUCCCCCUCCUCUUCCUCCUCCUGCUGUUCAUUCCCAUGGAGGUGAACUAGGAGAACCUUUACCUCCCGGUGUAGAUCCUCCAGAACUUCCAUACAUUGUUGCUCGACCUCCUCUCUCCACAGCAAAUUCUUAUUCAAGUCAUUCAGCAUCAGCAGCUACAGGAUCUCUUCCAAAUGACUCUGUGUUUGGACCACCUCUACCUUCUCAGUCUCCCCCAGACACAACGGAUGUCAAUAUGACGCCAAUUAUACAUGACGAUGCCCUUUCUUUAGGGCCAAUUACUCAUCAUCUGCAAGCACAAUAUGUGAUGGGAAACGCGUAUCAGCAAACUGCUAUGGUAACUUCAACUAUUCCUGCAAUACCAAUGGCUGCAGCUCCAGGAAUGGAGUACGGUCCUGUUCCAUACGUUCCCGCAAUUACCAUGUCUGCAAUUCCUGCAACUAAUGUCCAUGUAAUUGCAAAACCACCAGCCAAAAAAGCUAAAUCAUCUCUUCAUGAUGAAUUAGACUCUUUUUACUCUGAUCUGGCAUCUUUAGAAUCAGUGGGAAGUGCACCAGCUGCGGCCCCAGAUGCAGCGGUUGAUCAGUUUUUAACCGAGGACAGCCCUUCAACCAGUGCAUCUAUACCAACUCCACCUCAACAGCAUCAUUUACUGCAGCAGCAGCAAGUACAAAAAAGAAAACAGCAGCAGUCACCCCAACAAUGUCCAGACUCAAAUUCUUUGCUUCAUGGGUCAGUUGUUGCUCACAAUAGUCAAGCAUCAGGAGCAAUUAUUGAUGAUGUCCCUACUAAGUCGACUGAUGUUAAUGCUCAGGAAAAUCGCAAAAGAAAAAAGCCAAAAUUAGCACCAGGAUUGGCUCUGAAGAAAAAAGGUGUGUCAUCACUGGUAGCAAAAUGGCAGCAAGUGCAGCAAGAAGUGAGGCGUGAUUUUAAGAACCUGGAUGAAGAGGAUGGUGUCUCAUCAACUCACAAUUUCCUUGCUUUGCCAUGGCAAGCAGUGACAACUAAAGUUGCUCUGCACCCCGCAGGUAAUACCAUGUUCAGUAAUGUCUCCUACACGUAUAAAAGUUUCUUCAAGUAUUGUCUCAAACUGUUCAACCUUCUUAUGUAUGUACUGAAUAUUUUGGUGAAGUACAUUGAGGACACUAUUUUGUUUUAA